AUGGCAGCAGUGCCGCGGUGCCCGGACAUUCCUGAGUUCCAGGUUGCCGUGCGUUACGAUGCUGAUCCGAAUUUUACUUGGCACCAUCGCAUCUUAUUGCGUCGUGUGCGAGGUGCGGUCUGGAUCGCUCUUACUCCAGACCUGGACCUCGAGAGGAUCAACUUGGAUGAGCGACGGCAUCGGGUGCUCGAGCGAGGACAAGCCUUUCCAGAGGCUAUCGCUGGCGACAUCUAUGCCUUUGACCCGAUCGGACGGGAGGCGGUCGCCGGGCACAAGAGGCGCGCCCGUCUGCAGGCAGCCGUGCUGGGCGGCGACGAGGACGAGGCCAUGGACGCCAAGGAGUGGGUCUACGCAGACCUCGACGACCCGUCGUUCGGGACGCUCGUCGCCGCAGACGUCCUCGAGGGAGACGAGUUCGUGGAGCUGGGCAACCGCGGCCUGGUGCGACGUAAGGGCGCGGCUCGCGGAGUCGAGAAGGUCGGCCGCGCCCGACUGGCGGAGUGGUCCGAGCAGCGUCGUGUCGGGGCUGAGGACAUCAGGAGCUUGGGCAUCCACACGGCGGCGGACGGCACGCGGCACCUCGGGUGGACGGAUGCCGUCGGCAUGCUGCGGGAGAGUGACAUGCCCGAGUGGAGGUUCGAGGGACCGCGAGUGUGCAAGGAACUCGCGGCCUCGAUCCGAGAAGGUGCAGGGAAUCCGACGUCCUAUCACGCAGAGUGGAUCAGGCUGUCGGGCGUCAACCAGAACAGCGCCAUCGCCUAUGAACACAAGAAUGCCAUGGAGAUGUUGCGCGUGGCCACCAGCGUCGACCAGGUGGACAUCAGCAACCUGGCCUCGUUCGAGCUCCUCGCGAGGCGGGUCGUCAUGCUGGAGAUGGCCGUGGCGCGCGACCCCCGGGACCCAGACUUCAGUGGGCUCGGGGUCAUCGCUGACGGCGCGGCGGGGACUGACGGCGCCGCGCGGGCGCCGAGGUUCCGCACCUGGGUGUCCGACCAACAGAAGGAGAGAGCGAACAUCCUCAAGCAGCCCCUCUGCCGAGCUAAAUGGCGCCCGACGGCCCGCGGGUCACCAAAGCCGACUGGUGGCCUGGCGGGGAGUGGAGGCACGGAGGUCCCUUUCCUCUUCCUGUGCCCGACGUUCGGCAAUAUCCUCGUGGGGCCCCUCACUAUGUGCAGCAGAGGUGGUGGCGCUCCACGACGCGGCAAAGGCUUGUUAGAGAUGCAGUACUUGGUGUCAACCAACUGGCGGCCGCUCAAGCAAACAAUUCGCACUUUCGACGCUCUCCGCUGGCGAGUUCGACUCCUGCAGCAGUCCAGCGAUCGGGCGGGGCGCGCAGGCCUGGUCCCCGACGGACUCUCUCCAAGCAGAGCCCUCCAGGAGCUCUUCAAGACGAAAGACCUGCACGGUCAAGAGCCACGUCGCCUUGCCAGUUAUGAUCCAGCCAAGCUGCGAGUGGCCAAGGGAGUGGUGGAACCCAAGGAUGCGAGAGCGCUGCUGCCACCACAUGCAGCGCAGAGGCUCCGACGCUACAAGACGUGCAUCGAGCUGUCCGCCGAGGAGAUCGAGGCCAAGUUCGCCUCCGAGCCUUCGCCCAAGCCCUACUGGGACCCCGUGCUGCGGCGCAACAAGCGAGCCCGGCACGAGCUGUUCGGGCGCCUCCUUUCUUCGGGCAUCUUGGUGCCCAGGAGGCGCCUCAAGGGCCGCAUCGGACUCUUCUUCGUCAAGAAGAAGGAGGGGGCCAUUCGCCUCAUCGUGGACGCUCGCAACCCUAAUGCCUGCCACAAGCCGCCGCCCACCACGCAGCUUGGCACCGCGCAGUCCUUCGCGGAGCUCAACCUUGCCGAGUUCGCGGACGUGGCGGCGGAGAUGGCUUCUCAUUGUGUUCUGCCUGGUGCGGGGGGCGUCCCAGCCCUGGACUUCCACCAGAGCGGCGCCGACGUGCGCGACGGCUUCUACCAGUUCAGCAUCGUCGAGGUGGCCGACUGGUUCGGGAUCGACGAGUCGUUCAGCAAGGGGAGUUUUGGCAUCACCAAGGUGCAUGGGGGCCAUGCCCAUGGGAUGGCGGUGGCUUCCCGCGCGGCAGCCGUGGCUGCCGAGGGCUGGGGCAGCCUGCUCCGAGAGCGGGCCCCGGCCCCUCGCCUGGUCCCCGGCCAGCCCGUCCACGCCGUCUACGUGGACAACCACACGGGGCUGGGGCAUAGCGCGGCGGACGCGGAGCAGGCGCACCAGGACUUCCGUGCGCAGUGCGCCGCCUUCGGCCUCGACCUCCACGACGAGGCCCCCUGCAGCCCCUACCUCGAGGCGCUCGGGCUGCAGUUCGACGGGCCGGGUCGCCGCCUACGGCAUCGGUCUGCCCGCCUCUGGCGCUUCAAGCUGGCGACUGUGGCACUGCUGCGCCGCCGAGUGGUGGCAGGGUGGCAGCUCGAGAUCUGGCUGGGCCACGCCGUUCACAUGUGUGGGCUCGGCCGGCCGCUGCUGUCGAUCCUCUCGCAGAGCUACGCCUACGUCGCGGCCCACAAGGAGAGGUCGGGCCGCUUGUGGCGAGGUGUGCGGCGGGAGCUCUGGCUCAUGUCCAACCUGGUCUUCACCUGCGAGGUCGAGCUGGAUGCCCCGUUCAACUCGUCGGUCUACCUCGGCGACUCGUCGGAUUACGGCUACGCCCUCAUGGAGACGAGGGGCGCGGGCGACGAGCUGCUGGAGGACUUCAAGUGGAGAGAGCGCUGGAGGUUCAAGGCCGCGCCGCCGCUGCCUCCGCCGCCGCGCCCGACCCUGGGGGCGCUGGGCGCGGCGUUCGGGGCCUGCUUCGACGGCGACGACCCCGAGCAGCUGGAGGCGUUCGGCGAGCCGCACGUCGUGGGCAGGACCGCCUGGGAACCGCUGGGGGCCCGGGCCCGCCUGGCGCAGCGGGCCACCGAGACGGCCCGCACUGCCGAGGCGGGGGCCGGCCCCGGGCGACGCAGACGGCGGCGCACGGCCCGAGGGGCUGCGCCGCGCGAGGAGGUGGAAGGCUUCGAGGCCAUCCCCGUGGUCGGCGCCUGCUGGGACAAUAAGCGGCGCUGGCAUACGCUGGUGGAAGGCUUCUGGCACUGGAGGCAGGAACACAUCAACGUCAAGGAGGCUAGGGUCUGUCUCAUGGGUCUCCGACGUAGCUUGCGGACCAGACGGGGCUGCCACCGCCGGCUGCUCACCCUGUCGGACAACCUCGUGUCCGCCGUGGUGUUCGACCGCGGCCGCUCGUCGAGCUGGGCGCUCAACGCGCUGUGCCGACGCGCUGCGGCCUACCAGAUUGCCGGCUGCGUGGCUUGGCGGGUUCGCCACAUCCGCGCGGACAGGAACCACGCGGACGAGGGCUCCCGUCGCCCCCGCGCCCCUCGAGUGCUGGUGCCCACGAGACUCGAAGGCGGAGCGCCCGUGGCCCCUCAGCGGACGGGAGGCCGCCGCCUGGGCGCGCCCCGACAUCAUGGCGCGCCCCGGGCGACCCAGGCCGCGCCCGAGCUCUUUGCGGGCACGGGCCGGCUCAGCGCCUCCCUCAAGCGCCAGGGGCUGCGGGUUCUGCCGGGCGCCGAGAUCAAGCGCUCCGCCCGAUAUGAUCUGUCACGUCGAUCGACGCAGCGUGCUGUGUUGCGCUGGAUUCGGAGCGGGAAGGUCUGGCACGUACACUUGGGGACAGCAUGCUCCGCCUGGUCAGUUGCCCGCUCCACGCCUUAUAACACUGAGCGGGCGCGGCGGUUGGAAGCAGUUUCUGUCGACAUGGCGCUCUUCACAGCUGAGGUCAUCAAAGAGUGUGACCGCUGCGGUGUGUUGUGGUCGCUGGAGAAUCCUGCCAGCUCGAAGUUGUUUCGCUUCGAGCCCCUUGCUGUCCUUGCCAGUCUGCCAGACGCCCGAUAUGUCUCGUUUGAUCUUUGUGGAUUCGGAGAAAAUGUUCGCAAGCCGACCACCAUCUUCACCAACGCCAUCUGUCUGGACGUUCUGGGGAGAAGAUGUGAUGGGUCACACCGUCAUGAGCCUCUGCAGGGUGGGCUCAAGGCUGGCGCCUACUCACCCGCCCUUUGCCGAGAGUGGGCUGCCGCGCUAUGCUCGGCGGCGCCUCCUCAGGCCUUCGGCGACUCCGAGCCGCUCGCCUCUGAGUGGGACACGGAGCUGGAGGCGCUGGUGCCGCGGGCGCAUGGUGUUGCAGCGAAACUCGGCGAGGCUCACGGCGGGGCUGACGCCGAGAGCCGCGGGCAUCACUUCCUCGCGCGCCACGUCGUCGAGUUCGGCGGCGCGCGGGGUCAUCAAGGCGGCCCUGAGGAGAAGGAGCGGCUGGCGGCGGCGCGCAGGGCGCGGGUCCCGCCAGCGGCGCGUGACAAUUUCCUGCGGCUCGGGGCCAUCCGUGACUCCACGAAGCGGCUCUACUCAGACGCGCUCGGCAGGUUCAAGGGCUGGGCGAAGUCGAAGCACUGCGACCUGGUAGCUUCGCUUCAGCUCCACGGCCGCAACGUGCUCUACGGCUACAUUCACUUCGAGACGCACCUGGAUCGGAACAAAGCCAACCUUUUCCCGAAGGCGUCGAGGGCGCUUCGUGGAUGGACCACUCGGGCUCCUCGACGAGUCCGCGACCCCAUCCCCUUCGGCGUCGUCUGCCUGAUCGGCCUGUACUUCCUGGGCAAAGGCCUGGUCGGUGCCGCGGUGUGCCUGGUCCUGCAGUUCGACUGCUACCUGAGGCCGGACGAAGCCGCGUCGCUGCUCCUGUCCUCAGUGCUGCCGCCUGCGCCCCGGGCUGGCCGGCGCCACGCGCGGGCCUGGGCGCUGCUUCUGGGUGAGGCCGAGCACGCAGCGCCCGCCAAGACAGGGGUGGUGGACGGGACGGUGGUGAUCGGUGAGCUGCAACGGUCCUGGGUAGCGGAGGCGGUUGGCCUCUGGUACCGUGCAGGCGGCGCAGCUCCCUACAUGUUCGACAUGACUCUCUCCAAGUACGAGGCCCUGUUUCGCCAGGCCGCGUUCGACCUGGGCCUCACCGAUCUGGACAUCUCACCUCGCGGAGUUCGGCAUGCCGGAGCUUCGCAUGACAUGUAUAUGGGCCUGGCGACGCUCGACCAGAUCCAGAAGCGCG